GCGCUGAAGAAGGCCGUCGGCGGCGGCAUCCCCGGCGCCGUGGCCAUGGUGCUCCAGGUCGUCCUGCUCAUGUGGCUGCGGACGACCGUCAACUACCAGAUGCGCCACGGCGGGUCGCUGAUAGCCGUCAUGCGGCUGCUCUACGCCGAGGGCGGCGUGGCGCGCUUCUACAGCGGCAUGUCCAUGGCGCUGCUCCAGGGCCCGCUGAGCCGCUUCGGCGACACGGCCGCGAACGCGGGCAUGCUCGCGCUGCUCGAAGGAAGCAAAAUGCCCGUGCUGGUGCAGACCGCGUUCUCGUCGGCGGCGGCGGCGGGCUGGCGCGUCGUCAUCACGCCCCUGGACACGGCGAAGACGAUGAUGCAGGUCGAGGGCGCCCGGGGCCUGGGCCUGCUGGGCGAGCGCGUGCGGCGCGGCGGCGUGCUCCAGCUGUGGAACGGCGCGCUCGGGGCGACGGUCGCGACGUUCCUCGGCCACUACCCCUGGUUCGCGACGAACAACUGGCUCGAGUCGACCGUGCCGCCGACGGCGGGCCGCGUGCGCACGCUCGCGCGCCGCGCGUUCAUCGGCUUCUGCUCGAGCGUCGUGAGCGACUUCGUGUCCAACUCGACGCGCGUCGUCAAGACGUUCGUGCAGACGUCGGACGUGCCCGUGACCUACGUCGAGGCCGCGACCUUCAUCCUCAACCGCGACGGCGUCGCGGGCCUCCUCUGGCGCGGCCUCGCGGCGAAGAUCCUCUGCAACGGCCUCAGCUCCGUGCUCUUCUCCGUCAUCUGGAAGUCCAUGAUGGACCGCAUGGAGCCCAAG